UCGUGAGUUUAGUGACAGACAAGUGGAGUAGAAACGUAAAGUGCUUCUUAGAUCGCGUCGAGAAAUCGCAGGAUACAGUCGCGGGUCUAAAAAUCCGUCACACGCGUCCCGUCGGUGUUGACGGAUAUUUUUCAAAAAAAAAUUUUUUUCAAGUUUCACAAAAUGUAUCCGGGAAGAUGCAUUCUUUUCUAUGCACUAUCUCUCACAUUGGCCGAUCUGGUUUAUUGUGAGAUGCAAGUGAAACUUCUGCACGUGCUCUUCCGUCAUGGAGAUAAAGUGCCUCAUCAGGAAUAUCAGAAUUACCCAAAUGACCCGCAUCGAAAUCAUUCGUACUACCCGAUUGAAAACGGAGGUCUUACCAACCAAGGCAAGAUGAGAGAGUACAAGAUCGGGAUGCUGCUACGUGACAGGUACAACAAAUAUUUUGGUCAAUAUUAUUGGCCAGACAUGAUCUACGCUCAAUCCACUUACUUCCCAAGGACUCAGAUGUCCUUGCAACUUGUACUCGCCGGAUUGUUUCCACCCAAGGAUAAACAGAUAUGGAAUCCUCAUCUGCCCUGGAGUCCAGUAUCCAGCUUCUUCGUUCACUACAACGCGGACUAUCUUCUGUUUCCACAUCUAUGUCCUCAAUACACCAGCACGUACGCGCGAUUUCUACGAGAGGAUCAAACUCGUGAAAUGAUAAGUAAAUAUCAGGACGUUAUGAAGUACCUUUCCAAGUACACUGGGAAAGAUGUUAGUACAACGUCAGCCGUAUACUACCUGUACAAUUUGUUUAAGGAGCAGGCAGCUCAAAAUUUGACUUUGCCAAAAUGGACCGAGAAAGUAUAUCCAAAAACGAUGAAGGAUAUUACUGCUCUGGAUUUCAAUCUGAGAUCAUAUACCAGAGAUCUGAAACGUUUGAACGGAGGGAUGCUGCUACGCAAAGUAACGGAUGAUAUUAAAGAAUUGAGAACAGGAAAUUUACGUCCUUCGGGUAGAAAGGCUUUCUUUUUUUCCGCUCACGAGUUGAAUGUCGCCACUUUUGUCAGGACCUUAGGGACCGAUGAUCCUGUUUUACCGGCUUAUGGCUCUACAGUAAUACUGGAGACGCUUCAGGAUGAAAAUGAGAUGUAUUAUAUACGAGUUUUACUGUGGACAGGUGUCACUGAACGAUUGAUAGUUCAAACGGUACCGGGUUGCACCGAAAUUUGUCCAUUGGAUGUUUUUCUUGAUCUUAUGAAAAAUGUCAUUCCGACCGAUGCCGAGUAUUAUUGUUACGGGACUGAGUCUACGAAUAUUAACAAAAGAAAUACCGAUAGCGCAGCCAGCGAUUUUUGGAAUUUUAGUAAAUGGCCGUACCUACUUAUUGUCAUUCCGUCGAUUGUUAAUUUUAGGUAUUUUUAGUGGAAAUAGGUAAAAAAAAAUAAUGUACAUAAUAUGCUAAGGUUUUAGCACACAGACUCCAUUAAAAAUUCAAAUAAGAACAGUAUUGAAGCCUAAAUGAUAUUAGAGUCGUUAGCAGGUACAGGGUAUAUAAUAUUAAUUAAGAAAGAUGGCGUUGGAAUAAUGUCAAUCUCAAUAAUCAAUACAGUAAUAUCUGAUUAGCCUGAAAUAAUGACAUAAAGAAGCGACGCUUAUCAGAUAUUGACUUUUUUCUUUAAUUUGUGAAAAUCGACAAGUCUCCAAAAGGUCGAUCAAUCUGAAUCAGUUAGGUUAAUUCAGUAUUAUCAAAUUAAUAACGAUCCAUUCCUCUCGAGAAUUAUCUCGAGUGUAUUCGGGAGAUAAAUACUAUAAUAAGAUUUUAUAUGUAAAUUCAAUAAAUACUUACAUCUCUGCGAUAUCAUUCAGCUAUACUAAUCUGUAUAUCUUAUCGUAUUCCUAACCAGUUUGAAAUGAUCCAACGAGUAGUAAAUAGAAAUUAACGAAUUUACGUCGUAUUUGUAUGAGCGAUUUUUGAAAUGAAAAAUUCGAGAAUUCGCUUUUUUCUUAUAA